GGCAUAAGCCCUGCCGGGGCUGACCUGCCUCUCACCCACUCAGGGGCCUGUCUACCACUUCCCCCAGGAGAAGCCACUAGUUAUAUGAUCUGUCUCUCAGGUGGGAAAACAGACUAGAGUCAGCACAGGGGCUGGGCUGGGGUCAGAGGUCUGCCUCCCUCCCCAGGCGCAACUCUGUGCAAGCCCCAACCUCCUUCUGGGCUUCAGUUUCCCUAUCUGUAUAAUGGGGGCAUUAAGCCUCUGUAACAAUACCAAAGAUGACAAACAGUAAUGACAAUGAUUGUACCAAUCACUAAUGGGGCACUUGCAUGCCAGGCUGUUUAAGCACUCAACAUGAAACAACUAAUUUACUUCUCACAAGCAGCUUGUGAAGGAGGACUAAUGUCACCCCCAUUUCACAGGCAAGGAAAGUGAGACACUUGCCCACAGUUAUCCAGAGAAAACUGGCAGUUAGCAUUGAUCUGGGGCAUGUGUGGGUCUUAAAGUUAGGCUGUGUGGCCUUGGGAGAGUCCCCGCCACCUGCACCCACUCCCCCAGUCCUCAACCAGGCCAACAAAGUCGCCAGCAUCAGAGGUUUGUGGGAAAGGUACAAGAUCAGUUACUAUAAUGGCAGUGGAACAGCUCGGAGCAAACCGGUGGAACUCAUAAAAGCCUAUUGUUAUCAUUAUUGUUGUGCCUGUCCACAGGUGGGAAAAACAAAGCUCAAAGACUCAUGGUCCCCCAGCAAGACCUGGUCCUGUCCUCUCCCAGUGCCCCCAGCCCACACCUGGCCCUGAGCCCCAGCCAGCAUGAUUCCAGCGUGGCCCGGCCAGACAUUCGCCUGAUGCAACCAUCGUGCCACUGCCAGGCCCUUGCACAACACAGGCACCCGACUGGCUGGUUAACGAUUGACCGGGGGUUAAAGGGGUGUUGAGGCAUAAAAGGAGGCAGCAGUGGCGCCGUGACUGCACCUCCAACCACUCAGGCAUACCCAUGUUCCCGCUGUGUCUGCUGUGUGGCCUGCUAACAAUGGCCUGGCCUGCCUCUACGGCGCCCGUGGGCAGCCUGGAGCCGGCACAGCACGAGGAGCUGACCCUGCUCUUCCAUGGGGCCCUGCAGCUGGGCCAGGCCCUCAAUGGUGUAUACAGGGCCACAGAGACACGGCUGAUGGAGGCCAGGGACAACCUAGGCCUCUACGGCCGUGCACUGGGGCUCCUGAGGCAGGAGGUCAGCCAUGGCUGGGAUGCAGCCCAGGAGCUACGAGCAAGCUUGUUGGAGAUGCAGACAGAAGAGGAUGCCCUAAAGCUGCAGGCAGAAGCCACGGCCCAGGCGCUGGGUGAGGCGGCCCAGGGACAGCAGGUGCUACGGGAGAGCAUGCAACAGCUAGAAGUCCGGCUGAGGGGUGCUUGGCUGGGCCCUGCCCAUCAAGAAUUUGAGGCCUUAAAGGCCCGUGCUGACAAGCAGAGCCACAUUGUGUGGGCCCUCACAGGCCACGUUCAGCGACAAAGGCGGGAGAUGGCGGCGCAGCAGCACCGGCUGCGACAGAUCCAGGAGAGGUGAGCCUGGUGGGGGUUG